GGAACGAGCACGGCAUUCUUUGCUCUCCAUGUUCUUGAGAUCCGCGUGUUUCAUCAAGAUCCUCCAAAAGCUUCGUUUUCUUCAGAACUGGAAACCGCUGCAGGUUUCGUUUCAAAUCUGUUUCUAGACGUGAUGGCUUCACCAAUUGAGCCUCCAGCCAAAUCCUCCGACUCUCAAAAUUCGUCACAUCCUCCUUUGAAUGAAAGGAUCCUUUCUUCAAUGACCAGGAGGUCCGUCGCUGCUCACCCAUGGCAUGAUCUUGAGAUUGGACCUGGAGCUCCUACGUUUUUUAACUGCGUGGUUGAAAUUGGGAAAGGAAGCAAGGUGAAAUAUGAACUUGACAAGAAAACUGGUUUGAUCAAGGUUGAUCGUAUUCUUUAUUCAUCAGUUGUGUAUCCUCACAACUAUGGCUUCAUUCCUCGCACUCUUUGUGAAGAUGCAGAUCCCUUGGAUGUCCUGAUCAUAAUGCAGGAGCCCGUUCUCCCGGGGUGCUUUCUUCGGGCUAAAGCUAUAGGUCUGAUGCCUAUGAUUGACCAGGGUGAGAAAGAUGACAAGAUUAUUGCCGUGUGUGCUGAUGAUCCUGAGUACCGUCACUACAAUGAUAUCAAGGAACUUCCCCCUCACCGUUUAGCUGAGAUUCGCCGCUUCUUUGAAGACUACAAAAAGAACGAGAACAAGGAAGUUGCUGUUAAUGACUUUCUGCCCGCCUCAACUGCAUAUGAGGUGAUCAAGCAUUCCAUGGAUUUAUACGCGGACUACAUAGUGGAGAGCUUAAGGCGGUAGUUAUCCCUUAAAAUACAGUCUCUAGAUGGAAAAAUAUGAAAAUACGCACUGAUGAUUUUGGAUAAUUCUCACUGUUAUUAUGAUAUAGACUAUAUUAUACGUA